GUGGAGCUAACAGCAGCAGCAGCAGCGAGCCGCCGCCGCAGCCUCUCUCUCACACACACGCACUGAAGACGGUGAAGGGAGCCGAGCGAAACCUCUCGAACUCUCACUUUCUCGACGUUUCUCGGCACACACAGUUCCGUCCUCCCCCUCCGGUACCAGGCUGAGCAGACCGUUGGCCGCAGUCAUGGCCGUAAAGGUGUUGUUUUUCGCGGCGUCUCUGGUUCUGAUUGGCGCAGUAGCGGUUCUCUCAGAUGAAUGUAGCUCCCUGUCAUGUACAGCAUGUGAAUCGGGUUCUGGCUGCCAAUGGGUGAAUUGCACAGGCGAUGCGACCCCGUUCUGUCGCAAUAUGACCCUUGGAGGAACGAAUGAAACCUGCGACAACGCCACCUGCUCAGUCACACCUCCAACCGCUUCCGCUCCGGUUACCGCCUCCUCUCCCACUCUUGCCCCCAAUACCUCUGCUGUGACCACUGCUGCCUCUAACAGCAGCAGCACCACAGGCAAUCCGACGGUCACUCCCACCGUUUCACCCAGUCCCACUAUUAAUGCCACCACCACCAGCUCCAACACCACCGUAGCUAACGCCACUACAGCCAGCACACCGCUCACCACGGUGGCGCCCCCCCAUAAGAACUCCACCUUUGACGCCGCCAGCUUCAUCGGGGGAAUCGUGCUGGUCCUGGGUCUGCAGGCCGUCAUCUUCUUCCUCUACAAAUUCUGCAAGUCCAAGGACCGCAAUUACCACACUCUCUGAAGCGGCUGCACUUUAGGAUCCACAUCAUUCGACGAACCCCAAACCCCCCCCUUGCUAAGUAGACCCUCCCAGAGAAAACUCCCAGUCUGCACUCGUUCAUCAGGGUGGACUCGAACAGUGUUUCCAAGCAGGUUUUUCCCUUUAUUUUUAUCCUCUUUGAAAUCUUUGAUUCCAUUUGUGGUUAAUGGCGGCCUUCUACUCUGUUUUGAGGUUGCACAUGCACGCCAUAUGCAUGGAAGCUUCCGCCGCGCUGAUCGGUGCGGCCAAGCAGAUCCGUGCUGACGGCUCAUUUGGGCACGGAUUACGUCAUGCCAGCUUCUCCCACCCCUAUCACCGCGUUAGUCAUCCUGCAAAAGACCACCUUCAGAUGAACUGAGGGGGCUCGUGUUAUUUCCAGUCCUUCUCAUCCGCCAGUUCAGAAAUUAGUCACGUAUAAAGAGGAGCUUUCCUGUUGACGCUCAGUCGCGCAGCAUCCCGUUUGGAGACGCUCUUCGAGUUCACAGCUAUUCAUAAACGUGGUGAUUCGGUUUUGUUUUCAGCCUAAUCUGUGAGUUUUCUCUCCUCCGCGUGGCUCCGGUAUGCAUAAGGGUGUUAGAGGUGACCCGACAGGAGGCGAGGUUUACUCACAGGGGAGUCAAAGCAACACCCGAUCAUCUGACGAUGGCCGUCUCUCCUGAUGCUCACGAGUGCCGAGAGUUUUCUGCUGUCAGAAUAAUCCCCCGAGAAAACAUUUCACCCACUAAAAGAUGCAUGAAAGGAAAUCAACCAUCAACUGCCAGUGAGCGGCUCAAUGCAAUAAAUUAUGUAUGGGGUCAUUUUGCUGCCAUUAAUCUCCCAACUGUUAUUUCUGAUCUCCGCUGACGUCAAACCCAGCUGGCCUCUCCUCUUUUAUGGAGGAGUCAAAAAGAAUGAUUGUAGGAACCUUUUUCAAAUAUUCUAAUGUAUAAUGUAGAGACUAAGAUUGGAAGGGGGGGGUGGGUGGGGGGGGGUUAUGGUAUGGUAUGCACCUUUCUGUAUGUGUGGACAGUUAGAGCGGUGAAGUGCCUUUAAUGUCCAGUAUGGUGUGAAGAGAGAGAAGUCUGUUCUCCCGGUUGAGGCCCGUGUUCUGUCAUUAGUUUAUAUUUGUAGGAGAGAGAUGUUAUCGCGGCGCAGAUAUCGGUGAGGAGCCUUUUUAUUCCCAGCUGGACUGAAGAGCCUUUUGUUGUCGAAUCCAGUCGAUAGUCGUCACUCGAGGGCCUCGAUCGGUCAAGACGUUCUUUCAAAGGUACAGAAGCGGGGCGCGGCAGCCUGUCGGGCAAUAUAAUGCAAGAAGAUACACAGAAUUUUUUUUUUAUCAAGGGUAAAGUUUGUGAGAUAGUGUUUGAAGUCGGCAAGUAUGAAGCUGCUGCUUUUCACAGUAAUUUCAGCUGGCACUGGUGAAGACUCAGCCCAGUCAAAGGUCGAUGGUGAAAUGUUUGAUUUUCAUGACUUUACAACUCUGUUGCCAACAUGUUUCAUCAUAUUCCAACUUCAAAUGUGUGUUUAGCCUUCUUUUAUUUCUCCUUCAGUUUUUUUGUCCUUUUUGUUCUUCUUGACUUUAUUCUUAAAAUGUGUUCUGCAGGUUUUUUUUUGUUUUUUCUGUUGUGUGACCUUAAUUCACUGUCGGCAGUGAAAGCCAUGUGAAGGUACCCUCUGUUCUGUAGCAUCAGACAGCACCUUUAGAUUUCCUCCCACCUCUCUGUGAAUGCUUGCUUGUAAAGCGCGUUAAAUCUAAAAACAACGAAUUGAGCUGGGUGGAAAUUUCCAACUUUAGUGUGAUGAAGCUAAGAGGGUACCUUUUUUGUUUUUUGAUGAUUAAGAGGUGAAUAAAUUAGGCUUGAUUUAAAACCUGAAGUAUCUGAGAGAGUGAGUUUGGGUAGAAAAUGUUGAACUUUUCCAUGUAAACGAGCAGGUUGUGAAUGAAGGUUCAGCUGGCUGCGCUAAAGCUCAUGUCCUGUAAAUAGCUAGCUGCUAAAUGUGAUUUUUGUGUUUGUUUUUUGUUUUGUUUUUUUUUUUUGUUUUGUUUUCCUCCCAUCUGUACAUAGCCAUGUCCGUUUUUUUUGUUGGUCUCGGUUACUAACUUCAGAAAGGCUAAAUGAAGAAGCGUGAUCAGACCGUUUUGCUUGUUUCGCGGCCGCUGUCGUGGAUGGCUUCAUUUUAAAUGCCUUCUUCUCUUUCAUUAGUGCAUGCUGGAUGCUCGGAGUUGUGAUUCCUCGCCCGUCUUUCCCCCAUCGCGUUUGCUCGUAGGGAUCUAGAGACACUUGAAUAAACCACUCGAUCAUUUGUGAUUAGCCCAUAUGCUAGCUGAAAGAAUGCCUUCAGACAGUGUGCAUUACGCCAAAAUCCUCCGUUUUGGCACGGAAAUUGAGCAUUGCACUGACGAGCUCUGCUUUGUGACUUUUGCGUUUGUAAAUAUUUUCAUGGCUCCGCCUAAAGAUUAUAAUAAAAUCUGAUGCUUGUUUAAAUUCUCAGUCUUGAAUAUAGCUAGAUAUCGGAGGAAUUAAUCACCUUGUUUUCUUAUGACCACAAACAAUAAGGAAUUGUGUGGAAAUCUCUUCUUUUUUUUUUUGUUGUUGCUUGCUUAAUUUUGGGGAAAACACCUCUGCUGCUCACCAUUAACACGCCUUUUAACCGACGGUCACCUGGUGGCAUUAGGCUACAGCCCAAAGACACAGCGUGGCGGGUAGGCUGCAGGAGUCUCGCCUUAGCCUCAGCCGUGCGUUCUCUCCCUGCAUGUGAACUAGUCCCCCCCCCUGCCCUCCACCCAAACCAAGAGAAAUGCCUCCAGUUUCAUGCCAUGGCUGUUUGUGUGGCCCGCCGCUGCAUCACCGCCAGGAUCCACUCUCGACACGGUGGCCGCAUUCCUUAAAAAAAAAAAAAACAGUCACAUGUUGAUGUCCGGCACCCAGUGUCCUUUGUGUCGCGACUCCUCUUC